AUGUCCGCAUACUAUGGUGAUAACUUUGAUGAUGUCAACUCCAUCAAAGUUCUAAACCAUGCCCUUGACCUCGGUUGUAACUUCUGGGACACUGCUGAUGUUUAUGGUAAUGGUGCAAAUGAAGAGUUGUUGGCCAAGGUACUGAACACCAGAAGAAAGGAGGUAUUCCUUUGCACAAAGUUCGCAGUAAAGGUGUCACCAACUGGUGAGCGCAAGAUCUGUGGCAAGCCAGAGUUUGUACUUGAGGCCUGUGACGCCAGUCUCAAGCGUCUUGGAACCGACUACAUCGACCUCUACUACCAACAUCGUGUUGAUCCCGAGACACCAAUUGAAGAGACCAUUGGUGCUAUGAAGCAGUUGGUUGAAGCUGGCAAGGUCAAGUAUAUUGGAUUGAGUGAGUGUAGUGCAGAGACUUUGAGGAGGGCUCAUAAGGUACAUCCUAUCACCGCUGUGCAGAUGGAGUUCUCCCCAUGGAGUUUGGACAUUGAGUCCAAUGGUAUACUCGAGGCUUGCAAGGAGCUCGAUGUGGCAGUGAUCUGUUACUCACCAUUGGGACGUGGCUUCCUCACUGGUGAGAUCAAGUCACCAGAGGACUUUGCCCCAACUGACUUUAGACGCAUGGUUCCUCGCUUCCAAGGUGAGAACUUCAAGAAGAACUAUGAGUUGGUCACUGCCUUUGAGGAGCUUGCCAAGAAUAAGGGUGUUGCCACCUCACAGUUUGUUCUCGCUUGGGUUUUGGCUCGCUGUCCCAACUUCAUCCCUAUCCCAGGCACCACCAAGAUCCACCGUCUUGAGGAGAACCUCCAUGGAGCACAGGUGCAACUGACCCCUGAGGAUUUGGAGAGUGUAGAGAAGAUCUUGGCAACAAUCCCCGUCGCAGGUACAAGAUACAACGCUACCCUCUUGAGCUCAGUCAACAAGUAA